AUUAAUCUUUUUCCCAUCCUUCUGCAAGGAGACCUCCACACUUUUAUCAGAGUAACUGUGCAAUGGGGAAAGGGAAAUAAUCAGACAUUUUCAGGACUACUAGACACUGGCUCAGAGCUGACGUUGAUUCUAGGGGACGCAAAACAUCAUUGUGGUCCUCCAGUUAGAGUACAGGUUUAUGGAGGUUAGGUAAUUAAUGGAGUUUUAGCUCAGUUUCAACUUACAGUGGGUCCAGUGGGUCCAGUGGGUCCCCAGACUCAUCCUAUGGUCAUUUCCCCAGUGCCAGAAUGCAUAAUUGGCAUAGACAUACUUAGUAGCUGGGAGAAUGCCCACAUUGGUUCCCUGACUGAUAGGGUGGGGACUAUCAUGAUGGGAAAGGCCAAAUGGAAACCAUUAGAGCUGCCUCUACCUAGGAAACUAGUAAAUCAAAAACAAUAUUGCAUCCCUGAAGAGAUUGUGGAGAUUAGUGCCACCAUCAAGGUCUUGAAAGAUACAGGGGUGGUGAUUCCCACCACAUCCCCAUUCAGCCCUCCAAUUUGGCCUGUGUGGAAGACAGAUCGAUCUUGGAGAAUGACAGCAGAUUAUUAUAAGCUUAGCCAAUUAGUGACUCCAACUGCAGCUGCUGUACCAGAUGUGGUUUCACUGCUUGAGCAAAUUAACACAAUUCGUGGUAUUUAUGUAGCCAUUGACUUGGAAAAUGCCUUUUUCUCUAUUCCUGUCCCUAGGGCCUACCAGAUGCAAUUAGCCUUCAGUUGACAAGGCCAACAAUAUACCUUUACUGUCCUACCUCAGGGGUAUAUCAACUCUCCAGCUUUGUGUCAUAAUCCUGUUCAAAGAGACCUUGAUCGCUUUUUGCCUCCACAAGAUAUCUCAUUGGUCUGUUACAUUGAUGACAUUGUGCUGAUCAGAUCCAGUGAGCAAGAAGUAGCAAACACAAUGCACUUAUUAGUGAGACAUUUGCAUGGCAGAGGAUGGGAAAUAAAUUCAACAAAGAUUGAGAGAACUACUACCUUAGUAAAAUUUCUAGGGGUUCAGUAGCGUGGGGUCUGUCGAGAUAUUCCUUCUAUGGUGAAGGAUAAGUUGCUGCAUUUGGCCCCUCCUACAACCAAGAAAGAGGCACAAUGCCUAGUAGACAUAUUUGGAUUUUGGAGGCAACACAUUCCUCAUUUAUUAUUCACUCGGCCCAUUUAUCACGUAACCUGAAAGGCUGCCAGUUUUGACUGGGGUACAGAACAGGAGAAGGCUCUUGGACAACAGAUCCAAGCUGCUGUGCAAGCUGCUCCGCUUGGGCCAUAUGACCCGGCAGAUCCAAUGGUGCUUGAGGUGUCAGUGGCAAACAGGGAUGCUGUUUGGAGCACCUGGCAGGCCACCAUAGGUGAAUCAUAGCAGAGGUCUCUAGGAUUUUGGAGCAAGGCUCUGCCAUCUUCUGCAGAUAACUACUCUCCAUUUCAGAGACAGCUCUUGGCCUGUUACUGGGCUUUGGUGGAAACUGACCUUUUGACUAUGGGUCAUCAAGUCACCCUGAGACCUGAACUGCCUGUCAUGAACUGGGUGCUUUCUGCCCUAUCUAGCCAUAAUAUGGGUCAUGCACAGCAGCAUUCCAUCAUAAAGAAGUGGUAUAUACAUGAUCCAGCUCAAGCAGGUCAUGAAGGCACAAGUAAGUUACAGGAAAUGGCUCAAAUGCCCAUGGUCUUUACUCCUGCCACCCUGCCUUCUCUCCCCCAGCCUGCACCAAUGUCCUCAUGAGGAGUUCCCUGUGCUCAGUUGACAAAGGAAGAGAAGACUAGGGCCUGGUUCACAGAUGGUUCUGCAUGAUAUGCAGGCACCACCCAAAAGUGGACAGCUGCAGCACUAUAGCCCCUUUCUAGGACAUCUCGGAAGGACAGAGGGAAAUCUUCCCAGUGGGCAGAACUUUGAGCAAUGCACCUGGUUGUGCACUUUGCAUGGAAGGAGAAAUGGCCAGAUAUGCGAUUUGAUUCAUGGGCUGUAGAGAAUGGUUUGGCUGGAUGGUCAGGGACUUGGAAUAAGCAUGAUUGGAAAAUCAGUGACAAAGAAAUUUGGGGAAGAGGUAUGUGGAUGGACCUCUCUGAGUGGUCAAAAACUGUGAAGAUAUUUGUAUCCCAUGUGAGUGCUCACCAAAGGGUGACCUCAGCAGAAGAUUUUAAUAAUCAAGUGGAUAGGAUUACCCGUUCUGUGGACACCACUCAGCCUCUUUCCCCAGCCACCUCUGUCAUUGCCCAACAGGCCCAUGAACAAAGUGACCAUGGUGGCAGGGAUGGAGGUUAUGCAUGGGCUCAGCAACGUGGACAUCCACUCACCAAGGCUGACCUGGCUACGGCCACUGCUGAGUGCCCACUUUCCCAACAGCAGACAACACUGAGCCCUCAAUAUGGGACCAUUCUUCAAGGUGAUCAACCAGCUACCUGGUGGAAAGUUGAUUAUAUUGGACCUCUCCCAUCAUGGAAAGGGAUGAGGUUGGUCCUAACUGGAAUAGACAGUUACUCUGGAUAUGGGUUUACCUAUCCUGCAUGCAAUGCUUCUGCAAAGACUACCGUCCAUGGACUCACAGAAUGCCUUAUCCACCAUCAUGGUAUUCCACACAGCAUUGCCUCUGACCAAGGCACUCACUUUACUGCUAAAGAAGUGUGGAAGUGGGCUUGUGCUCAAAGAAUUCACUGAUCUUACUAUGUUCUCCAUCAUCCUGAAGUAGCUGGAUUGAUAGAACAGUGGAACGGCCUUUUGAAGUCACAAUUACAACACCAACUAAGUGAUAAUACUUUGCAGGGCUGGGGCAAAAUUCUCCAGAAGGAUGUGUAUGCUCUGAAUCAGCAUCCAAUAUAUGGUACUGUCUCUCCCAUAGCCAGGAUUCACAGGUCCAGGAAUCAAGGGGUGGAAGUGGAAGUGGAAGUGGCACCACUCACCAUCAUCCCUAGUAAUCCACUAGCAAAAUUUUUGCUUCCUGUUCCCACGACACUAUGUUCUGCUGGCCUAGAGGUCUUUGUUCCACAGGGAGAAACACUGCCACCAGGAGACAUAACAAAAGUUCCAUUAAACUGGAUGUUAAAAUCACCACCUGGACACUUUGGGCUCCUCCUACCAUUAAGUCAACAGGCCAAUGGAGUUACAGUGUUGGCUGGGGUAAUUGACCCGGAGUAUCAAGAUGAAAUCAGUCUACUACUCCACAAUGAAGGUAAGGAAAAGUACGAAUGGAAUACUGGAGAUCCAUUAGGGUGUCUCUUAGUAUUACCAUGCCCCGUGAUUAAGGUCAAUGGGAAACUACAACAACCCAAUCCAGGCAGGACUACAAAUGGCCCAGACCCUUCAGGAAUGAACGUUGGGGUCACUCCACCAGGAAAAAAACCAUGACCUGCUGAGGUGCCUGCUGAAAGCAAAGGGAAUACAGAAUGGAGUAAAUGGAAGCAGGCCAGUACCUCGGAUGUCAGGUUGGUAACAGCUCCUUGGAAUACUACUAAUUCUGGAACUAGUCAAGUAGUUUUUCACAUUUGA